GUGGUUCUCCAGUCGAUGCCUUUAAUUGCUCCUGGGCUGUAUCAAUACCUACCGGUUUUACUGCUCCAUCACGAGCCACUGGGAACGGGUUGCCCGGGAAACGGCCGCAUGGCAACAGGAUCAGAGCCUGGGGGUUGUCUGCUUGUAGGUCUGCUCUCAUUUUAAAUCGCAUUUCCUCACUAGAUGGUGUGCAAGUCACUGGAGAGAAGACUUCCUCGCGCGGUGAAGCCUCCAUCCGAACAGACCUGGGAAAACUACAGGACGGAACACUUCCUGAGCGGACUCCGAGGUGGAAAAGUGUGGGGAUAACUAAAGCUCGAUUCUCCGGCAGAUUUUGUGUAAGGCUGACGCUCGCUUUUGGCAUCCAGAAGACUUGGGAGAACUAGCGACAGCAGAAUCCAGCUGUGAUGGACAUAAUGAUUGCGGUGCAGGAUGCCUGCGUGUCUGGUCAGUGGCUUACCGCGUUCAUUCUUAGCCUGUGCUGCUUUCUGCCGUCCUGUUUGCCCGCUGGACAAACUGUGGACUAUUCGUCGAUUGAAAGUGUGGUCAGCAGACAAGGCGACACGGCUCUUUUGAGGUGCUAUCUGUUGGAUGGGAUCUCUAAAGGAGCCUGGCUGAACCGCUCCAGCAUCAUCUUCGCAGGGAGCGACAAGUGGUCCGUGGACCCCCGGGUGUCCAUAGUAUCCAGCGUGCGAGACAAACACGAGUACAGCCUUCAGAUACAAAAAGUGGAUGUAUUCGAUGACGGAGUGUACACUUGCUCCAUUCAGAGUGAGCGGAACCCACGGCCAAAGCUCCUCAACCUCAUUGUAAAAGUUCCUCCCAAGAUAUAUGACAUUUCCUCUGACAUCACAGUUAACGAGGGCAGCAACGUGUCUCUCAUCUGCACAGCCAGCGGGAAGCCUCAGCCAGCCAUUUCCUGGAGACACAUAACCCCGUCAGGGAAGAAAUACGAGAGCGGCGAAUAUCUCAACAUUACUGGCAUCACACGAGACCAAGGUGGGAACUACGAGUGCAGCGCUUUAAAUGAUAUUGCCUCUCCGGAUACCAAAACAGUAAAAGUCACAGUCAACUUUGCCCCAUCAAUCCACGAAAUGAAAAGUCACGGCGUCGGUUUGGGGCGCACAGCUCUGAUGCGGUGCGAGGCUGCUGCCGUGCCGUCUCCAACGUUUGAAUGGUACAAGGGAGAAAAAAGGAUUAUCAAGGAACAGGGGAUUGACAUCAAGAGCCUCAGCUCCAGAUCAGUCCUCACUGUGACCAACGUGACAGAAGAUCGUUACGGGAACUACACAUGUGUCGCCACCAACAAGCUAGGAAAGGCCAAUGCCAGUGUGCCUCUUAUUCAGCAGAGCUGGGUGGAAAAACCCACUUUGAUGCACUCAGUGCUAAAAUAUGAACAGCAAUUAUUGAACCCACCUCAACUAGUGCUGUCCCAAGCCCAGCGCCCAACACUGCACCCUAUGGGAGCACAGGAAGUGCGCACAUCCCACAGGCCUGCCGGUACCUGAUCCUGGCCUUCUCCUCCCUCAUCAGCGUGUACUAGCAGAGGCCAACCCAGACACAAUGACUGUCAACAGCAUUUAUGAAUCCUUUUUGACAUUGCUGAUGGCUGGAUCUGGUACAGUUUGUCGGAAAGCGGAAGUGGGAAAAAUAAUCAGCUUCACUUUGUGUGGGAUUUUUUUUUUCUUUCUGAAAUCAAUGUCAUGUAAAUACUACGAUGUGUUAUUUUAUUUUUUUAAUUGGUUUUAUUUCCUUUGUCAUUUCCUUCCCUUCUGGUUGACUGACCGCCUCGUGAAUCACUGCUUACCGUUUCCGAUCAUAUCGAAAGGCUCCGAGGCUUCAAACGAGUUACUUUCAUGCAUCUUUUCCCCGUCCGGCCAAUCGUGAGAAAAUCCCAUUCAUUUUUGUACAUGGCUUAAAAAAAACAACAACAAUUGUGCCAAUUCUCCCAAAUUAUCAUGACAAUGUUGUACUGUAUGCAUUAUGGGAUGUUGAAGAAAGAAAGACAUUUAGAUUCCUAACAAUAUACACUUUGAUUAAGGGGUGUGCUUAAAAUAUGUAUAAAAGAAAAAAAAGAAUAAAAAAAAAAGAUAAAACUAAAAAAUAGGCAGGGCAUUUUCAGGACCUGUGUUGUCAUGACUACUCAGUAGGUGGAUGAACAGUGUUGAAGGUGUGCUUUGUUGUAUUCUGAAAUGGGUCCUUCAUUUAUUCAACCUGCCGAACAGCUUUGAUCAAGCAGCCAUCAAAGUAGCAAAAGAAACUGUAUUGUAACUUUAUAUUUUAUAUAGUGUAGGCCUUUGUUGGAAAGUGGGACCAGUUUUUUCUCAUCCGAAGGACACAAACAGAAACCAUUACUUUGUACAGGAAGAGCGUUGAUCUCUUGCGUUUACAUUUUCUCCUAAAAAAGACCACAGUACAUCAUCACCCAUGCUCCUUUCUGAGGACAGAAAGUCAAUGUCACUACAAGUUUUAUUUUUAAAAACAAGUGAAGCCUAAGUUUAAAUUUGGCUUAUAUUGGAUGGUUUUGUCUCCAAAUUUGGCUUAGUUUAAAUUAAGACCCUGCAGGUGCAAAACGGGAUCUUUAGCUACAACUUUAGGCAGAAAAACUUGUUUAGCUAACUCUGUUUAAACUCCUUUUUACAACAAAUAGUCUCCUGAGUUCCUUUAGUAUUCACCGACACACCGGGAGAAAGCUCAUCUCCACAAACAUGAGUUAAACCUUCAAAGUCAGCUUCUAACGGAGCAAAGGAAAUCAUGACAUAAGCGACAGAAAGUACUGUAACACGGCAACCAGAUGAAGGCCUGGAAAUCUGCGUUACUGCAAGAGUUUUGUAGUCUCCACAUGAAUCUGUCAUUCAUCCUCCAGUAUCCUCGAACUGCGGUUGAAACAGAGGUACUGCACUGUAAUGCCUUAAUAGUACCAUAAAUAUGGAUUUCCCUUCAAUCAAAGCGACUCUCUCUCUCUGAAGCAGCUCAUCCGUCCGACACACUGAUAAGUGAAUGUUCAUAAACCAUAAGCUGACUUGUCUUUGGAAUGAGGCAUUAUAUCAACAAGCUGAAGGCUCCUGCAGGUACUUUUAAACAUGUCAGAUCAUCAGUAUCUGUGGUGCCGGUUAACAUGUCCGCCGGUUGUGUUUGGGUUAAGACUGUGUUCUCAUUUACCCCACGAGGAAGGGGCUCAAUGCUCAAGUUUAUGAAGGAUUUUCCCCACAUGAACUUGUGUCUGCAGAUCUGUCGAACAAUAGCUAACACAGCUGAAAGACUUAAAGCACAAACACUGUCAUUCGACUUGUGGUUGUUUGUUUUUGAACCUUUCUUUUCUUCUGGGCUUGUUUUACAAAAUUAUAAAAAAUACUGCACCAGAUGAUCUUGUUUAAAUGUUAAGAUAUAUUGCAAAUGGGUUUAUUUAUUCUCCUCCUUUAUGAAAAACAAUGCAUUUGAAAUAUGUAAAAGUGUAUUUGAAAAAGGCACAGUAUGGCAUAGUUUAUAAUGUUGUUGGGUUCUUUUAGAUUCCAUAACUGUUGUUGAUUAAGGUACGCCGAAGGAACAAGGUGUGCAAUCAGAUGACCUACUUUUCUGGACCAGAGGGGGUGUGAACCAGUAUAAACAGUAUUAUAGAGCAUAAUCAAUGUGUGUAUAUUUGGAGAAAAUAGGUACCUUUUGAUCUGUAGAGCCAGUGUGUAGUCCUAGUUUUCACACACUUGCGUGUUCGAUGAUGUGCAGAGAGUAUGGUUGUACUGCAUGUCAAAGUUAACCUGUGUUUUUAAGGUGGACAUUUAACAGAUCUUCAGGCUUUUUAUUGAAUGGAAGCAUUUCCUUUUGUUUUUCCAAAGGUUUUGGUUCAUGAACCUGGUCUGAAAAAUACAUACCUUCUACAGAUCACCAGGCUGUGUUUGUAUGUGAUUUCUUUCCAUUUGCUGAUGAACUGAAACAAAUGCUCUUUGGUUUCAAAUCAUUAUAACUAUUGUGGCAUACUGGUAAUAGUUUGGAGUUUUGCUGGUUGCUUGUCUAAACCCUUGAGGCCAUGCUAUUAUUCCAUAUGAAAUGUACUGGGUAUUGAUUCUUUUGAAUAUGGUAUUAACAAGUCCUUUUUAUCAAACCAUAUUAUUUGCAAUAAAAUUCUUCAUGUUACAAUUUAAACUCA